GGGUUAUAUUUAGUUUGCCAAUUAUAAUAUAAAAGUACAGUUUGUGUUUAGGUUCAUCUUAUCCUAAGUGCUGAUAGUCCAUACGCAGCAGUCAGUACGCAAACGUCAUUUAAAAGGCAAUCAGCUAGUGAGUUUGCGACGCAGUGUCAAUCUAGCAGUCUAUAUAAACUCGUAACACGGGCGUUGCGUAGUAUUUGGUCCUUAACAAGACGCAAUAUCAUUGCGCUGUUUUGUGGUUAAGCCUUUUUAAAAAUACAUUACUCUUCUAUUAACAAAUACACAAUGGCAUCGAGAGACCCGGCAACUGACCAGCUCAUCAAUUUCAAGAAGUCUGUUAAGGGUGAACCUGGUGUAAUAACUACUAAGUAUGGAGUGCCUGUUGGUGUGAAGACAGCAAUUCAAACAGUGGGCAAAAAUGGACCAGCUCUACUUCAAGAUGCUCAAUUCCUUGAUGAGAUAUCUUCAUUCGAUAGAGAGCGUAUUCCUGAGAGAGUCGUACAUGCGAAGGGUGCAGGUGCAUUUGGUUACUUUGAAGUAACUAAAGAUAUAAAAAAGUACUGUGCGGCGAAAUUGUUUGAAUCAGUAGGCAAGCAGACCCCUGUUGCUAUUCGAUUUUCAACUGUCGGAGGAGAGAGCGGUUCCGCAGACACGGUACGUGAUCCUCGUGGAUUUGCCGUCAAGUUCUACACUGAUGACGGCAUCUGGGAUUUAGUGGGCAACAACACUCCCAUAUUCUUCAUUAGAGAUCCAACUCUCUUCCCCAGCUUUAUUCACACCCAAAAGCGUAAUCCAGCUACUCAUUUAAAGGACGCCGAUAUGUUCUGGGACUUUAUGACUCUCCGUCCAGAAACCAUGCAUCAAUUGAUAUACAUGUUCGGAGACCGAGGUAUACCUGACGGUUACAGGUUCAUGAAUGGAUACGGCUCCCAUACAUUUAAAAUGAUCAAUGACCAAGGGGUAGCCCAUUAUGUAAAAUUCCAUUUUAAGACCAACCAGGGAAUUAAGAACUUACCUGUAGACAAGGCAGCCGAAUUAGCGUCCUCCGAUCCGGAUUAUUCAAUUAGGGACCUUUAUAAUGCUAUCGGUCGCGGCGAUUUUCCUUCCUGGACCCUAUACAUCCAGGCUAUGACCUUGGACCAGGCUGAGAGCUAUGAAUACAAUCCGUUUGAUGUUACAAAGGUAUGGCCGCACGGUGAAUUCCCCCUUAUCGAGGUUGGUAAGAUGGUGCUCGACAGGAACCCAAAGAACUACUUUGCUGAAGUAGAGCAAGCUGCUUACAGUCCAUCUAAUUUGGUGCCUGGUAUCGAGCCCUCUCCCGAUAAAAUGUUGCAAGGACGUUUAUUCGCAUACAGUGACACACACAGACACCGUCUCGGUGCAAACUACUUGCAGCUGCCGGUAAACUGUCCUUACCGUACCACUGUACGUAAUUACCAACGCGACGGUCCUCAGAACAUGUUUAACCAAGACGGAUCUCCGAAUUACUUCCCGAACUCUUUCUCCGGACCUGUGGAAUGUAAGCGUGCGGAACGGCUACAGCACCGUCAGCCGUUUUCUGGUGACGUUCAAAGGGCUGACUCAGGGCUAGAAGAGAGCAAGGAAAACUUUACGCAAGCUACAGCAUUGUAUAGCCGUGUUUUCUCGCCGGCUGAGCGACUUCGUUGUGCCCAGAAUAUUGCAGGAAACAUAAAAGACGCUGCUGGCUUCCUUCAGGAGCGUGCCAUCAAAUUGUUGGCCUUGAUACACCCACAAUUGGCAGCCGAUGUGACGGCCGCUUUAGCUCCAUAUAAAAAAUACCACGCCAGCCUUUAAUAUUCCUGUUUUUUUAACCUUUGUGGCAUUGUAUAUUAAACGGUUUGGGCAUAAUAUAUGUUUAUACAAUUAUUUAGUAAGUAAGCUCAGAUUUUUAAGAAUUUUAUAUGGAAUAUUUUUUUAAUUUUGUGAAAAUAUAAUGUUUUCUAUAUAACAAG